AUGGAAUUAUCUGUUUUGUGUGAUGUCAAGGCUUACAUUGUGAUAUUAGGCCCUGACAGACAGAUCGAAACGUGGCUUAAGAAUCACAGUGACGUAAGGGAGGUGAUAAACUUGAACAAAAAUGACUAUCUAAAUAAUAAGAAGCGAAAUCAACAACAUGAUGAUGAUGGUUGUAAGAAGAAGUGGGUUUUGGGAGGUGAUAAAUGGGCCCUUGAAGAUUUUCUAAAGAAGGUUAAGGCCAAAAUAGAUCGAGUCAAGAAACGGAUUCAGGUGGUCAAGUCCAAAGAUCAAGAAACAAAUUCAGCAUCUGAAGUUGGCAACCCGUUGAGUGGCGGCAUUCUCCGAAUGCCUGACCUCCAAAAAGUUCACAAAAUCUGGGCUUACACUAGUGUACGUUGA